AUGAAUUUCACAGGAGACCAGGUUCUUCGAGUUCUGGCCAAAGAUGAGGAGCAGCUUUCACUCCUCAGGGAUCUGGAGGGCCUGAAGCCCCAGAAGGUGGACUUCUGGCGUGGCCCAGCCAGACCCAGCCUCCCCGUGGAUAUGAGAAUUCCUUUCUCUGAACUGAACGACAUCAAAGCUUAUCUGGAGUCUCAUGGCCUUGCUUACAGCGUCAUGAUAAAGGACAUCCAGGUGCUGCUGAACGAGGAGAGAGAAGCCAUGGCACGCUCGCGCCGGCUGGAGCGCAGCACCAGCAGCUUCAGCUACUCCUCUUACCACACCCUGGAGGAGAUAUAUAGCUGGAUUGACAACUUUGUAGCUGAGAAUUCAAACAUCGUCUCCAAAAUUCACAUUGGCAACAGUUUUGAAAAUCGGUCCAUUCUUGUUCUGAAGUUCAGCACUGGAGGUUCUCGGCGCCCCGCCAUCUGGAUUGACACUGGGAUUCACUCCAGGGAGUGGAUCACCCAUGCCACUGGCAUCUGGACUGCCAAGAAGAUUGUCAGUGAAUUCGGCAAAGACCGUGUCCUGACAAGGAUACUGAAAGCCAUGGACAUCUUCAUAGAGCUUGUCACCAAUCCUGAUGGGUUUGCUUUUACUCACAGCAUGAACCGCUUGUGGCGGAAGAACAAGUCUAGCAGACCUGGCAUCUUCUGCAUCGGUGUGGAUCUCAACAGGAACUGGAAGUCAGGCUUUGGAGGAAAUGGUUCUAACAGCAACCCCUGUUCAGAGACUUAUCAUGGGCCCUCACCUCAGUCAGAGCCAGAGGUGGCCGCCAUUGUGAACUUCAUCACAAGCCAUGGGAACUUCAAGGUUCUGAUCUCCAUCCACAGUUACUCUCAGAUGCUCAUGUACCCGUAUGGCCACUCUAUGGAGUCUGUUUCAAAUGAGAAGGAGCUGAUGUGGCCAGUGGGAUCACUGUGGACUGGGCCUAUGACAAUGGCAUUAAGUAUGCCUUCAGUUUCGAGCUCCGGGACACAGGGCGCUAUGGUUUUCUGCUGCCGGCCACCCAGAUUGUCCCCACAGCCCAGGAGACAUGGAUGGCAAUGCGGACCAUCAUGA